CAAAAGCCUAUAUAGUACUGAACAAAGGAAACAUUUUUAUCUCUCUCUUUUAAAUUCAGCUGAACAUAUUGCUUAGCGAUGCCAUUUUUGUGAAUGACCAAUCAUUGCAAAUGUAUCAUGUUCCUUUGUGGUUGGCAGAGUUAUAAGAGACUUGAAAGUCUUGGCCACUAACUUCUGUGUGCACUAACCACGUCAGGAAAGCAUCGAUCUAGUUAUCAUGAAACUUUUCCAGUCACUGUCUGCUUUUACUUUUAUCUUGUUCAUUCAUGGCAAUGUGUGCUUGGACAUCAUUGGGGGAAGGGAGGCCAUACCCCAUUCUCGGCCAUACAUGGCAUUUAUAAGGACUGCAGAAAAAGGAAUAUGUGGUGGCACUUUAAUUAAAUCAAACUGGGUACUAACUGCAGCUCAUUGUCCAAUUAAUAGUAAAGCAAAAGUGAUUCUUGGAGCCCAUUCCAUUAGGGACGCUGAACCAGAAAAACAGAAGAUACGUGUUCUAAAUGUCUUUCCACAUGAGCUUUUUAAUGCAAGGACAUUUGAUUAUGACAUCCAGCUGUUACAGUUAACCGAAAAAGCAAAACUUGGAACAUAUGUGAAUGUCUUGCCAUUGCCUAAAAAACAGAAAUUUUUAAGGCCUAGGAGUAUUUGUGAAACAGCUGGAUGGGGUUUUACAUCCAAUCGUGAUAACAAAAUGUCAGACAAAUUAAUGGAAGUCAAUGUAACAGUCAUGGGAAGAAGAGCGUGUGCUCAUAUCUGGCAAAUGAAUAAAGAAGAAAGUAUAAAUAUAACUCGCAAUAUGAUCUGCACCCAAGAGGGGACCAGCAAGGGAACCUGUGGCGGAGAUUCUGGUGGACCAUUAGUCUGCAAUGGAACAGUCCGAGGAGUGACAUCUUUUGGUGCAUCUGAAUGUGGUGUUCCUGGAGAUGCAAGUGUGUACAGCUAUCUCAACAGGGAAAUCAAAACCUGGAUAAAGAAAAAACUACGGGGUGGCCCCUAAAUUACCUGUCACUGCAUGCAGGCCCUAUGACUGCUAUACAUUUAUAUGGCUUCAGUUUUUAUGUUUUCUUUUAUUUUACUCAUUAACUUCCUCAACAUAUUCAUAUGCUGUAUUUCAUGUCUUUAUCAUUUAUUUGAUAGGAUUUGAAAAACAAAAAGUAAGAUAAAUAUGAUAAACAAUAUUCUAUUGUUUUAUUAUUCUAUAUAAUGAAUACAUUUCUAGAUGAAUGUGAAUUCAGAAAGUGAAGAUUUUCCCCCUUUCACACUGAGGCAGUUUUCAGGCGUUUUAGCGCUACAAAUAGCACAUAUAAAGC